AUGGCAUGGGCCCUUUCCUCCACAGCCUGUGGCCCUGCAGAGGUGCCAGAGAGCGAGCUCCCUGCCUGUGCCGAUGUCAUCUACCGGCCCUGGUUCUCGCCCUACAGCUACCUCAUAAGCACCAAAGCAGCCACCCAGCAGUCCCCGAGAAGCCUUUCCUCCAGCUUGGCUGCCACCACCACCACCCCCCCGCAGGAGCAGGAGGAGCUCGAUGACCUCUCAGAGGCCGUCUGCUCCUCCAGCUCCUCCGACAAGGCCCAGCCCCCCGAGAGGGAGCGGCCGGCCGGCAGCAGAUCCAGCAUCACCCUCCAGGACAUCCUGACCGCCUCGCAGCAGCAGCCCCUGCCGCAGCAGGGCUACAAGUGCAUGUCCUGCUGCCGAGUCUUCCCCAUGCUUUGGUCGGUGCAGGCUCACAUCCAGAACAGCGCCCAGGAGGGCUACAGCUGCAAGGUGUACUACCGCAGGCUGAAGGCGCUGUGGGAGAAGGAGCAGAGGGAGCAGGAGCUGCAGCCUGCCCGGGGGCACCGCCGCAGCCCCGGAGCCGAGCGGCGGCCGCGGGAGGGCACUGCUCCAUCGCUCCUGCCGGCGCCACAAUAA